AAUUUCAAAUUAACCCUAUCUUGUAUACCCCUAGUAGCCAGCCACUCUGUCUGUUCUUUCUUGAUUUUAGAAUUUAGGGUUUAUCAAUUCAUUCAUAGUGGUAAGUUUUGGUCAUCUGGGUAUCAUCUUUUUUUAAUUUUUAUUAUACCCUUUUGGCGAAUUUAUCUGAAUCUUGAUUAGUUGAUGAUGGCUCGAUUGAUUAUUCCAUGCAAAGGUUCCAGCUUGCCGAGGACUUGUCUCUUGGGUUUGAUUUCUUCUGCUCAUAUUCAAGGUACUUCCCGUGCUUCAUCUGUGAAAUGUGCAAACACUCUCUCUAAAUACAGACAUUAUCAUAGUUCGCAGAUAAUACAUAGAAGUUGCCGAUUUCCAUACCAUUCUUUACCGAGAACGAGUUUAACAAGGACACUGAUUCGGUCUGUGGCAACUGAACCGGCUGCAAAGUCAGUUGAAGAACCAAAAAUGGACGCCCCUAAAGAAAUCUUUUUAAAAGAUUACAAAUUACCUGAGUACUACUUUGAUACGGUGGAUUUAUCCUUUUCAUUGGGCGAAGAGAAAACGAUUGUGUCUGCAAAAAUCAGCAUUGUUCCUAGAGUUGAUGGUGCUGCCUCUCCGUUGGUCUUGGAUGGGGUUGAUCUCAAGUUGAUUUCGGUCAAAAUUAAUGGCAAUGAACUGAAGGAGGGAGAUUUUCACUUGGACGCAAGACAUCUUAUUCUCACUUCACCUCCAAGCGGGAAUUUUAUCUUGGAAACCGUCACUGAGAUUUUACCACAAAAGAACACAUCAUUAGAGGGUCUUUACAAGUCUUCUGGUAAUUUCUGCACACAAUGUGAAGCUGAAGGUUUCCGAAAGAUAACAUUUUAUCAGGAUCGUCCCGAUAUUAUGGCAAAAUAUACUUGUCGUAUCGAGGCUGACAAGUCACUGUACCCCGUAUUGUUGUCCAAUGGAAACCUUAUUGAGCAAGGAGACCUAGAGGGUGGGAAGCAUUUUGCGCUUUGGGAGGACCCGUUCAAGAAACCGUGCUAUCUGUUUGCGUUAGUUGCGGGCCAGUUAGAGAGUCGAGAUGAUACUUUCACAACGUGUUCGGGUCGUAAAGUUGCCCUGAGAAUAUGGACCCCACCAGAGGAUCUUCCGAAAACCGAGCAUGCGAUGUAUUCCCUCAAAGCAGCCAUGAAAUGGGAUGAAGAGGUUUAUGGACGCGAAUAUGAUCUUGAUAUCUUUAAUAUCGUGUCGGUUCCCGACUUCAACAUGGGAGCCAUGGAGAACAAGAGCUUGAACAUCUUCAAUUCCAAGCUUGUUUUGGCGUCACCUGAAACCGCUACAGAUGCCGAUUACGCCGCAAUUUUGGGUGUAAUUGGUCAUGAGUACUUCCAUAAUUGGACCGGCAACAGGGUGACUUGUCGGGACUGGUUCCAAUUGAGUUUAAAGGAAGGUCUUACCGUUUUUCGUGAUCAAGAGUUUUCAUCUGAUUUGGGAAGCCGUACAGUCAAGCGGAUCGGUGAUGUUUCAAAGCUUCGUAUAUAUCAAUUUUCACAGGAUGCGGGUCCCAUGGCUCACCCCGUUAGGCCUCACUCUUACAUCAAGAUGGACAACUUCUAUACUGUAACGGUGUAUGAGAAGGGAGCCGAAGUUGUGCGCAUGUACAAAACAUUAUUGGGAAGUCAAGGGUUCCGAAAGGGUACGGAUUUGUACUUUCAAAGGCACGAUGGGCAGGCGGUAACUUGCGAAGAUUUCUUUGCUGCUAUGCGAGAUGCUAAUGAUGCAGAUUUUGCUAAUUUCUUGUUAUGGUAUUCACAAGCCGGGACUCCGGUCGUUAAGGUUACGUCUUCUUACAACGCUGAAGCUCACACCUUUUCUUUGAAAUUUAGUCAAACGGUACCGCCUACGCCAGGUCAGCCCAUAAAGGAACCAAUGUUUAUUCCCGUGGCUGCCGGGCUUCUUGAUUCAAACGGCAAAGAUAUGCCGUUAUCAUCGAUUUAUCAUGACGGGAAAUUAGAGUCCGUUGCGUGUGGUGGUCAGCCCGUUAACACCACCGUUCUUAGGGUUACAAAGGCUGAAGAAGAGUUCGUGUUCACUGAUGUGCCCGAAAAACCGAUUCCGUCUCUGCUACGGGGUUACAGUGCUCCUAUACGUCUACACUCUGAUCUCACCGAUAAUGAUCUGUUUUUCCUUCUUGCUCAUGAUUCUGAUGAAUUUAACCGUUGGGAAGCCGGACAAAUAUUGGCAAGGAAUAUAAUGCUUAGCCAAGUAGUUAAUUUCCAAAAGGAUAACGCGUUAGUUCUUGAUCCACAGUUUGUGCACGGUAUUAAAUGCAUUCUUUUGGAUUCGAGUCUUGACAAGGAAUUUAUUGCAAAAGCAAUAACGCUUCCUGGUGAAGGUGAGAUCAUGGACAUGAUGGAAGUAGCCGACCCUGAUGCGGUCCAUGCCGUUAGAAAAUUUAUCAGAAAGCAACUAGCUUCGGAAUUGAAGCAAGAGCUCAUAAACCUGGUGAAAGAAAACAGGAGCACAGAAAAGUACGUAUUUGACCACGCAAAUAUGGCGAGACGGGCUUUAAAGAACACCGCCCUUGGUUAUCUUGCAUCUCUUGAAGAUGAAGAGAUCACGGAGCUUGUGUUGCAUGAAUACAAAACCGCCACAAAUAUGACGGAUCAGUUUUCGGCUCUGGCAGCCAUUGCCCAGAAACCCGGUAAAGCCCGUGAUGAUGCGUUGGCUGAUUUCUAUAACCAAUGGCAGCAUGACUAUCUGGUGGUUAAUAAGUGGUUCGCACUUCAAUCCUCAUCGGAUAUUCCUGGGAAUGUCGAGAAUGUUCACAAACUUUUGUCUCAUCCAGCAUUUGACCUUAAAAAUCCCAACAAGGUGUACUCGUUGAUUGGAGGAUUUUGUGCUUCGCCUGUUAAUUUCCAUGCCAAAGAUGGUUCGGGCUACAAGUUCUUGGGAGAAAUUGUUGUGCAGCUUGACAAACUGAACCCGCAGGUGGCGUCUCGCAUGGUUUCAGCCUUUUCUAGGUGGAAGCGGUAUGAUGAAACUCGCCAAAACCUUGCCAAGGCACAGCUGGAGAUGAUUGUGUCGGCUAACGGGCUUUCUGAGAAUGUAUACGAGAUUGCAUCGAAGAGUUUGGCCGUCUAGGAAGAUUUUUUCUGUCUAUUUAUGAGAAUCAAUUUGGCAAUCAUAUACAAGUGAAUUAGAAUAAACUUUUGUCUGAAACUUUUAAACUAAAAGUAGGUAUGAGCAAUGAUAGGUUAAUAACUGCUUUUAGUUAUUUAGUAUGAAAAAAAAGUGACUGGUUAUAAAAGUUUAAAAGAAAAUUGUUGAA